GUUACAAAACUUAUGGGCUUGUUUCUCUCAAUCAAUAUCACUGUGAUUUAAUAUGCGAUAUUUGUCAGAUGCAAAUUUCAGAAAAAUGCCGUGAAAAAAUCUACACUUUGUAUUCAACCGUGAACGAAAACUUUGGGAAUAAAUUGGUGGAAAACGAGAAAAAAUCAGAACUUGACGCCAAUGACUCUACUUGUGCAAAAACUACGAAACGACUUCUAGAUGUUGCAAAAGAAAGCCCCCCGAAACGUGUGGCAAAGAAUUUAGAUUUUAUAGAAAACGACUCCAUCAACCCUUUCAUUGCAUCUGGAAUAACCGAUGAGAACAACUUGAAUGGGCUUUUUACAACACCUGGCGGGAACGAUUCAGAUAAAUCCUAUUAUCCCGGUUCGGAUGAACCAGAUGAUGAUACUUUCAUUGAGAUAAAAAAGAAGAGAAAUGAUUAUAUCUAUGACUGGUUUACUGGACCAGGUGUUGUGAAAUCUUCAUUAAGUGAGGGUGCAAAAAAGUGGAUUAUCGACACACUCGACGUUUCGAAUUUAUUACUAGAAUAUCGUGAUAUGUCAGUUCAACGAGCUUCUGAGAAUAAGAUUGAAGAAGUUGCUGAAAUACUUUCAUUGAAUCAUAUAUUUUUAUUCGAACAAAAUGUACCGAUUGGGGUUUCUUCAAUGAUCGAACCGGAAUCAUUAAACGUUAUUUUCGAUACUAUCAAAAAUGAAUUUGCUCCAUAUCAUUUAUCGAAUGAUGAUGUUUUACGGU